AUGUUUGGUAUUGUGUUUGAUACUCUGAAUGCUGAUAUGUUUGGUAUUGUGUUUGAUACUCUGAAUGUUGAUAUGUUUCGUAUUGUGUUUGAUACUCUGAAUGUUGAUAUGUUUCGUAUUGUGUUUGAUACUCUGAAUGUUGGUAUGUUUCGUAUUGGGUUUGAUACUCUGAAUGUUGAUAUGUUUCGUAUUGUUUUUGAUACUCUGAAUGUUGAUAUGUUUCGUAUUGUGUUUGAUACUCUGAAUGUUGAUAUGUUUCGUAUUGUGUUUGAUACUCUGAAUGUUGAUAUGUUUCGUAUUGUGUUUGAUACUCUGAAUGCUGAUAUGUUUCGUAUUGUGUUUGAUACUCUGAAUGUUGAUAUGUUUCGUAUUGUGUUUGAUACUCUGAAUGUUGAUAUGUUUCGUAUUGUGUUUGAUACUCUGAAUGCUAAUAUGUUUCGUAUUGUGUUUGAUACUCUGAAUGCUGAUAUGUUUUGUAUUGUGUUUGAUACUCUGAAUGAUGAUAUGUUUCGUAUUGUGUUUGAUACUCUGAAUGUUGAUAUGUUUGGUAUUGUGUUUGAUACUCUGAAUGUUGAUAUGUUUGGUAUUGUAUCCUCAACUGGUAAUAGAUUUCUUUAUGUUUAA